AAAAUUCAAUGGUCAGAGUAGGCAGUACACAACGGCGAGUCAACAGAAUAGUGAAAUGCCACUCGUACAGUAAACUUUCAGCUCUCAAAGUCCUGUAUCUCCGGCGUGGCAUAUAUCUGCUUUACAGAGGAGGCAGGAGGAGGAUCCAAGGAGCAAGGAUGUCGGGGCGCCUCAACCAGCAGCACGCGGCGUACGCGCAACGCAUGGAGCAGGAGAACAACCGGGUGCAGGCCACCCAGGCGGUGAACCGCUACUACAGCCACUGGGGUAAGGUGACCUCGCGCUUCCAAAACUGGACCAACAAGGAGUACUACGAGAAGGCCGACCAGCAGCUCCAGUCACGCCGCAACCACCACGAGAAGCAGGUGGCCCUCGCCGAGCGGCAGGCGAGGCUGCGCCAGCUCUUGACCGCCGAGAGCGAGGCUUACGACGGCGAGAUGGAGCGACGGCGCCGGCCGCGGGAGCCCGGUGGCGGUGACCUCCAGAUGCUGGGCCGCGUCAACCAGUCGCUCAAGGAACAGGAGCACCUGCGUCGCAAACUGGAAAUGGAGGCCAAGCUCUACGGCCGCUGGCGGCAUGGCGUCGACGACGAGAAGCUGCUCUACCAGUCCAAGUCGGACAACGAGGUGCUGGCCAAGCUCAACUGGCUGGACCGCCAGAUCGAGAGUCAGCAGCAGCGCGAGCAGCAGCAGGCCCUGGCCGCCGAGCGGCAGCUCCAGCUGCAGCAGGAGAUCAGUCGCACGGAGCAGGCCCAGAAGGAGCGCCAGCAGAUCCGGGAGCAGCAGCUCCGCGAGCUGCGUGCCCUGCAGGAGUCCCACAUGGCGGAGCUUCGACUGCGGCAGCAGGAGGCGGACAAGCUGAAGGAGGAGGAGCAGCACUUCCAGCUCUUCCUGGCCGAACUGGACAAGGAGCGGGAGCUGCUCGAGGAGAGCAGUGCUCUGGUGCUGAAGCCCGUCGACUCCGGCCACGCCUUUAACCUCAAGAAGAUCAAGGUGUUCAUCCGGCAGCGCAGUGAGGCCAGUCGCAAGCAGAUCUCGCUCUGCAUCAACAUGCUGCAGCGCAUGGCCAAGUACGUGGUCAAGGCAGAGGAGCUGCAGACCCUGCUGGAGAAGUACCGCUCACAGCUGGAGCACGAGGAGCUGGCCUGCGCCCAGAUCGAGUCCAUGUACGAGUCGGAGGCCAAGUACAACCUGCAGCGCUGCGAGGAGAACUGGCGCGAGCAGCACCUGCAGCGCUACGGCGAGCUGAGCAAGCUCAUCGACCAGGAGCGGGAUUGCCUCGGCGGCCUGCUGAAGGAGAACGUCAGCCAGCAGCAGGCUCUGGUGGAGCUAAGGAGCCAGCACCUUACCGGCAUUGAGCAGGUCAACAAGCAGCUGGAACAGCUCAGUCAGGAGCAGACUGAAGUGGCUGAAGUGGCUGUGCCGUCGGCUAGCAAUCCCAGGGAGGUGGAAUCAGAGGCUUCCCCUUCGGGAGCUUCGGCUCCGGAUGAGGACCUCCCGCCCAAGGUCAGCGACUCCUUCUCCAAUCUCAAUCUGGAUGUGUGGCAGGAUCUGCCUCCGGCCCGCGGAGAAGUCGACCUGCAGCGUGUCGACAAAUCGCGGUCCCUCAAUGUGGUCACCUCGCAGACGGCUGCUCCUCCGAAGUUCGCCCGCAAACGUGUGGCCUGGACCUAGCAUUACCACACUAUAUAUCAUGUCGUUCCAGCUUAAAUUUCAAUGGUAUUAUUAGACUUACUGUUAGUUUAAUCCGUGUUUAGCCAUAGUUGCAACCCCUCGCACACACUCCACUCCCACUCACACUCACACACCACCCCAAUGAACAAUGAAAGCUCGAACACCACUCUGUGCACUUGUAGUUGAUAAGGCUGAUAGAUAGGCGCUCCCCCAAAGGUGGGCCAAUAAAUCACUCAAUUUGUGGGCCAGCA